CCGCCUCCGCCUCCGCCUCCGCCUCCUCCUCCUCCUCGCGCUCUCCCGCUCCUCCUCCUCCCUCGCAGCGCUCUCCCCCUCCCUCCUCCUCCCUCUCCAGCCGACUCCCCCUCCCCCGUGUCCCUCCCCCCUCCUCCUCCCCUCUCCUCCCUCUAUCCCCUCUCCCUCCCCUCCUCCCUAGCGCUCCCUCUCAGUCUCCAGCUCAUCUGUCUCUCUCUCUCUUUCUCCCUCUCUCUGCCGGGCGGAGUCGCCCACCACUGCCAGCCCAGUGCUUGGGGAACCGACUCGGGGCUGUAGCUGCAGGACCCUGUCCCCUCCAUGGCUCUCCUGGCCUUGGUUGGGUUUGCACUCCUCCUGGGGACUCCCCCGUGCUCAGGGGCGGCCACCCCGACCCCCUCCCUGCCACCACCCCCAGCCAAUGACAGCGAUGCCAGCAGCACAGGGGGCUGCCAGGGCUCCAACCGCUGCCAGCCGGGGGUCCUGCUGCCCGUUUGGGAGCCCGACGACCCGUCGCUGGGGGACAAAGCCGCGCGGGCCGUGGUCUACUUCGUGGCCAUGGUCUACAUGUUCCUGGGCGUGUCCAUCAUCGCCGACCGCUUCAUGGCGUCCAUCGAGGUCAUCACGUCCAAGGAGAAGGAGAUCACCAUCACCAAGGCCAAUGGCGAAACCAGCGUGGGCACCGUCCGCAUCUGGAACGAGACCGUGUCCAACCUCACGCUCAUGGCCCUGGGCUCCUCGGCCCCUGAGAUCCUGCUGUCUGUCAUCGAGGUCUGCGGCCACAACUUCCAGGCGGGCGAGCUGGGCCCGGGCACCAUCGUGGGCAGUGCCGCCUUCAACAUGUUUGUGGUCAUCGCCGUGUGCAUCUACGUCAUCCCGGCCGGCGAGAGCCGCAAGAUCAAGCACCUGCGAGUCUUCUUCGUCACGGCCUCUUGGAGCAUCUUCGCCUACGUCUGGCUUUAUCUCAUCCUUGCCGUCUUUUCCCCCGGCGUGGUCCAGGUGUGGGAGGCGCUGCUGACCCUCGUCUUCUUCCCGGUGUGCGUGGUGUUCGCCUGGAUGGCGGACAAGCGGCUCCUCUUCUACAAGUACGUGUACAAGCGCUACCGCACCGACCCGCGCAGCGGCAUCAUCAUCGGCGCCGAGGGCGACCCCCCCAAGAGCAUCGAGCUGGACGGCACGUUCGUGGGCGCCGAGGUGCCCGGCGAGGUGGGAGGCCUGGGCCCGGGCCCCGCCGAGGCCCGGGAGCUGGACGCCAGCCGUCGCGAAGUCAUCCAGAUCCUCAAGGACCUCAAGCAGAAGCACCCAGACAAGGACCUGGAGCAGCUGGUGGGCAUCGCCAACUACUAUGCAUUGCUGCACCAGCAGAAGAGCCGCGCGUUCUACCGCAUCCAGGCCACGCGGCUGAUGACCGGCGCGGGCAACGUUCUGCGGCGACACGCCGUGGACGCCUCGCGCAGGGCCUCCCCGGCCGAGGGCCCGGGCGAGGACGAGGACGACGGCUCCAGCCGCAUCUUCUUUGAGCCCUGCCUCUACCACUGCCUGGAGAACUGUGGCUCCGUGCUGCUGUCGGUCACCUGCCAGGGCGGCGAGGGCAACAGCACCUUCUACGUGGACUACCGCACCGAGGACGGCUCCGCCAAGGCUGGCUCCGACUACGAGUACAGUGAGGGCACGCUGGUGUUCAAGCCGGGCGAGACCCAGAAGGAGCUGCGGAUCGGCAUCAUCGACGACGACAUCUUUGAGGAGGACGAGCACUUCUUCGUGCGGCUGCUGAACCUGCGCGUGGGCGACGCGCAGGGCAUGUUCGAACCCGACGGCGGCGGGCGGCCCAAGGGGCGUCUGGUGGCGCCACUGCUGGCCACCGUCACCAUCCUGGACGACGACCACGCGGGCAUCUUCUCCUUCCAGGACCGCCUGCUGCACGUGAGCGAGUGCAUGGGCACCGUGGAUGUGCGCGUUGUGCGCAGCUCGGGCGCGCGCGGCACGGUGCGCCUCCCCUACCGCACGGUGGACGGCACGGCGCGCGGCGGCGGCGUGCACUACGAGGACGCGUGCGGCGAGCUCGAGUUUGGCGACGACGAGACCAUGAAAACUCUCCAGGUGAAGAUAGUUGAUGACGAGGAAUAUGAGAAGAAGGAUAAUUUCUUCAUUGAGCUGGGCCAGCCGCAGUGGCUCAAGCGAGGGAUUUCAGCUCUGCUCCUCAGUCAAGGCGAUGGGGACAGGAAACCAACGGCCGAGGAGGAAGAGGCUCGGAGGAUAGCAGAGAUGGGCAAGCCAGUUCUUGGGGAAAACUGCCGGUUGGAGGUCAUCAUUGAGGAGUCAUAUGAUUUUAAGAACACGGUGGAUAAACUCAUCAAGAAAACAAACUUGGCUUUGGUGAUUGGGACCCACUCGUGGAGAGAGCAGUUUUUAGAGGCAAUUACGGUGAGCGCAGGGGACGAGGAGGAGGAGGAGGACGGGUCCCGGGAGGAGCGGCUGCCGUCGUGCUUUGACUACGUCAUGCACUUCCUGACGGUGUUCUGGAAGGUUCUGUUCGCCUGCGUGCCCCCCACUGAGUACUGCCAUGGCUGGGCCUGCUUCGGCGUCUGCAUCCUGGUCAUCGGCCUGCUCACCGCCCUCAUCGGAGACCUCGCCUCCCACUUUGGCUGCACCGUUGGCCUCAAGGACUCUGUCAACGCCGUAGUCUUCGUGGCCCUGGGCACCUCCAUCCCCGACACGUUCGCCAGCAAGGUGGCCGCGCUGCAGGACCAGUGCGCCGACGCGUCCAUCGGCAACGUGACGGGCUCCAACGCCGUGAACGUGUUCCUGGGCCUGGGCGUGGCCUGGUCGGUGGCCGCCGUGUACUGGGCGGUGCAGGGCCGCCCCUUCGAGGUGCGCACCGGCACGCUGGCCUUCUCCGUCACGCUCUUCACCGUCUUCGCCUUCGUGGGCAUCGCCGUGCUGCUGUAUCGGCGCCGGCCGCACAUCGGCGGCGAACUGGGCGGCCCGCGCGGUCCCAAGCUCGCCACCACCGCGCUCUUCCUGGGCCUCUGGUUCCUCUACAUCCUCUUCGCCAGCCUCGAGGCCUACUGCCACAUCCGGGGCUUCUAGGGGUCCCCCCGAGGCUCGGCCUCCCCCCUCGAGACCACUGCGUCACGCUGGACUGCGUCUCCUUUGGCCUCCAGAGGGCCAGCCUCCUCUCCUGGGACUCAGCCUCCCUUC